AUGUUCCUAUUCGAAUUUGACUUAGAGGAUGGUUGCAACAAAGUGCUGGGUGCAGGGCCAUAUACGUUUGACCAGAGACCGUUGAUGUUGAAGAAAUGGUCUCCUCGUAUGUCUAUGGAUCCUAAUGAGAUAAGAUCGGUUCCGAUCUGGAUCCAACUCCCAGAUUUACCAUGGGAAUUUUUGUCUCCUUCAAUCCUAAGUAAGAUAGGUAGUUUCUGUGGGAAGCCUUUAUACUGUGAUCAGUGUACUUUGAGCAUAACUAAAUUAGGUUUUGCAAGGAUUUUGGUGGAGAUUGAUGCAACAGGAGCUUACCCUGAAGUAGUUGAACUUCAAGAUGAGAAUGGUGCAAUAUUCAAUCAGAGAAUAAUAUAUGAAUGGAAACCUCUCAUUUGUGAGAAGUGUUGCAGAAUGGGGCAUACUAAAGCAAAUUGCAGAGUCACACAAGAUUACAGGAAAGUUAGUGAAAAGACCAGUGAAAACAAGAGUAAACCCGAGACUGCUGCAAAGAAUGAUAAGACUGAAGUGAAUGAUGCUGUUCCAGUUAGUGAAGCUGAUAAAAGUUCUGCUGAACCUACUAUGAUGGAUGAGGUAAUUAACAAUAUCAUUGUUUCAAAUAUGAAAACCACUAAAGAGGGUGACAAAGGAGAGAGUUCUAUGUUAAACAAUUCUUUCAGUUCUCUAGUUAAUUUCCCUGAUCUUAGUAAUGUGAUAAUGAAAGAUAAAGAGUGA